AUGCGAUUUGAUGUGCAGGCCUUAUUAUUCCUUUUGUUUUUUGUACUACUUUUUGUUUGUUGCUCUGCAAGAGCUCUUUACCCACUGCCAAGCAGGAGAAAUGACCGAAACAGACAGCCGAUCCAAACAUUUCGAACAUAUAACAUUGCACACCGUGGCUCGAAUGGAGAAAUUCCUGAAGAAACCACUGCUGCAUAUAUGAAAGCUAUACAAGAAGGAGCUGAUUUCAUAGAGUCCGAUAUUUUAGCCUCCGAAGAUGGGGUACUGAUAUGCUUCCAUGAUGUAAAACUUGACGACACUACUGAUAUAGCCGAUCACACAGAAUUUUCGAACCGAAAAAGAACAUACGAGGUUCAAGGGGACUAUGUCACUGGCUAUUUCACAGUUGAUUUUACACUUGAAGAGCUAAAGUCAUUAAGAGUGAAGCAAAGAUACCCUUUUCGAAAUCAGCAGUACAACGGAAAGUUUUCAAUUAUAACAUUUGAGGAGUUUAUUUCAAUUGCUUUAGAUGCACCAAGAGUCGUUGGAAUAUAUCCAGAGAUAAAGAAUCCUGUAUUUAUCAAUCAACACGUUAAGUGGUUAGGUGGUAAGAAGUUCGAAGACAAAUUUGUCGAAACACUCAAAAAGUAUGGGUACAAAGGUUCUUAUUUGUCGAAGCAGUGGCUUAGGCAACCUGCUUUUAUUCAGUCAUUUGCACCAAAAUCUCUUAUAUACAUAUCGAAUCUGACCGACCUGCCGAAGAUUUUACUAAUUGAUGACACAAAUGUACCAACUCAAGAUACUAAUCAGUCUUAUUGGGAGAUAACUUCGGAUAAUUAUCUCGAUUAUAUCAAAGAAUAUGUUAUCGGGAUUGGCCCCUGGAAAGAUACGCUUGUUAACACAUCAAAUAAUUAUCUACAAGAACCAAACGAUCUUGUAGCAAGAGCACAUGCACAUAACCUUCAGGUCAGCAAAAUAUAUUACAAGUCUUGCUAG